GCUUAAUAGACCAAAAUAAAUAAAAAGUCUAUUACGACUAAUUCUCUCGCUCUCUGUUUAUCAAUCUUACAUCGAGACGAAAUUAGAGCUACUUAGGAUUGUUCUAUUUUGCUGUUACCUUCUCCAGAAAAAAAAAACGUACGAGGAAGAAUCUAAAGACAGAGGGAGCUGAUUAUAAUUUUGUUUGGGUUUAUUCGGAAGAUGCAACUUUUUAAUAGCUGUUGUGGAAAAGGAUUUGAAGGGAAGAAGAAGGAAAAGACAGAGCCAUCUUGGAGGAUAUUUUCAUUGAAAGAACUUCAUGCGGCCACUAACAGUUUCAAUUACGAUAACAAGCUCGGUGAAGGUCGAUUUGGUAGUGUGUAUUGGGGUCAGCUAUGGGAUGGAUCACAAAUUGCAGUCAAGAGAUUGAAAGCUUGGAGUAACAGAGAGGAGACUGAUUUUGCUGUGGAAAUCGAGAUUCUUGCUCGUAUUCGUCAUAAGAAUUUGUUGAGUGUUCGUGGCUACUGUGCAGAAGGACAAGAACGUCUUCUUGUAUAUGAGUAUUUGCCCAAUUUGAGCUUGGUUUCACAUCUUCAUGGCCAGCAUUCAGCUGAGUGCCUUUUAGAUUGGAACAAGCGGAUGAAGAUUGCCAUAAGCUCUGCUCAGGCCAUUGCCUAUCUACACCAGCACGCAACCCCACAUAUUAUCCAUGGAGAUGUGAGAGCUAGCAAUGUGUUGUUAGAUUCUGAAUACGAAGCUCGUGUUACAGAUUUUGGAUAUGGUAAGUUGAUGCCAGAUGAUACUGGAGAUGGAGCUACCAAAGCCAAAAGUAGUAAUGGGUAUAUCUCACCAGAAUGUGUUGCAUCAGGAAAUGAAUCAGAAACAAGCGAUGUGUACAGUUUUGGCAUACUUUUGCUGGUACUUGUUAGUGGCAAGAGACCUCUUGAAAGGCUAAAUCCAACAACCACGCGGAGUAUAACCGAGUGGGUUUUACCACUAGUUUACGAAAGGAAGUUUGUUGACAUCGUUGACCAGAGGCUGGGUGAUGAACAUGUUGAAGAGAAGCUGAGAAAAUUAGUCUUGGUAGGGCUAAUGUGUGCUCAGACAGAGACAGAGAAAAGACCAACAAUGUCUGAAGUGGUGGAGAUGCUGAUGAAUGAAUCAAAGGAGGAAAUGUGUGAACUUGAAGCCAAUCCGCUUUUCAAGAAUCCAUUUAGCAGCAACGAAAACAAUAGAGAGCAGGUUGCAGAGGAAAUCUCAGAUGUGAUUUCAGAAGACAAGGAUCAUCAUCAACAACAACAACAACAACCAUAGGAAUGGCUAGGCACAUAAAUUCAUUUUCUCAGAUAAUUUUUUCAUAAUCUUCUGUUCAUAUUUGCUAGUUUUUCUCUAUCACUGGUACAUUGUCCAGAGGCCUUGCUUCUUUUUUUUUGGGUGUGUUUCUUCAUUCAUAAUGAUCACUUAUAUUGGAGUUUGUACGGUGUGGUAUUGGCACAUAAAAGGCAAAUUGUGAUACUUUUGGUUAUUCUUCAAAGAUUGAAUCUUUUCUUCUGGA